CUGUGUGUUUGGAAUUGGUUAUUUUUCUUCUUUUUUCUAUUUUCGUCUUUGAGUGGUUCGUUUUGGCUGGUCCAAGCACCGCUUCUUUUUUUGUUUGUGGCUUGACUCGGCACGCGUCAAUAAAAAAAUAUAGAAAAAACAACAACAACAACGCAUACUUGCACAUAUUAAUAGUAUCUCGCGACACGCUGGCUGGAGCUCGAUUUUGUUGAUCAAAAUCCAAAGCCUCACCGCAUUCUUGCUUUAUAUCGAUCAGCCCUACCUCUUCAAUUCAGCCACCACAUCACAUCAAUCCACAUCAAUCACCUCCAUUACAAUAACACAAAACAAAACAACAAAAUGUACGCCGCCCGCGCUGCAAAGCCAAAGCUCUCCUUGAGCAUCUCCGCCGCCCAAAACGCCCGCUCCUCCUUCCCCCUCAAAUCCCCCAGCGCCGCCCCCCGCACCCCGAUCUCGCCCGUCCCUAUCCCCAGUCCCGGCGCUGGUGCGGGCGCCGGUGCAAAGCGAUUCUCAACGCUGCAGCCCUACGCAUACGUCAACAAUUGCUCGUCCAAGAGUAUUCUCAAGAAACAGCCUAGUCAUGGGGCUGGUGCGGACAAGAGGAUCAAGUUCAAGGGGACGCCAACUGUGCAUUGUGUCACGCCGAUCGAGAAUAAGGAGGAGUAUUAUGGGUGCCAUACGAGAAUGGGAAGGGAGGAGAGGAGGUGGAUUGUUAGGGAGUGAUUGGUUUAUUUGUUUGUGAUGGAUAUGGCAAGAUAAGAUGAGAAGAUGAGCGCGUCUUGACUGGAUCUGGUCGAUAGCUAGGGCUAUUAAGAGACGGGUCGGCCUUGAUGGUCUGCAACCACGCCCGGCUCCGACGGACUCAGGUCUACGAUACAAUAUCGUCGGAAUAAGGUCUCGGAUGGUCCUGUUGGAUGGGCUACGUGUGUUAGCGUGCUAUUAUGAUCAUGAUGCGAUGCCUUAUGAACUUACCUAGUUGGAAUCAAUGCACUCGUUAUGGUUCCUCAUACUCAUGCAUUCAUUGUAGUAU